CGUCUCUCUCUCCUCUUUCACUCAUUUUCUCUCUCUACAUCUAUAUAUCGCAUCUCCGAAUUUCGAGAGAGAAAAAGAAAUAGAAAAUCUUUGAAUCAAAAUCUAUUCAACCAAACACUAACUCGAAUUCCACCACAACCAAUUUUCUCAAAACCCUAAUCGCCUCGGAUCAUGUAAUUAAUCCGAAUUCGAAUCUGGGUUUUGGUGGAUUCGACUUGGAGACCCGAGAGAGCGAGAGGGAUCAUGACUCGGCGGCGUUCGUAUUGCAGCCACAAUGGCCACAACUCUCGGACCUGCCCGAACCGUGGAGUCAAGCUAUUCGGAGUCCGGUUGACUGAUGGAUCGAUCCGGAAGAGUGCCAGUAUGGGUAACUUGACCCAUUACACCGGAUCCAGUAGCGGUAACCUUCAAAAUGGCCUCGCCGGAAAAAACCAUGACUCUCCCGGAGACACGCCAGACCACGGCGGCGCCGCCGGAGAUGGGUAUGCGUUGGAGGAUUUUGUUCCCGGGUCGUCGUCCAGUCGGGAAAGAAAGAAAGGCAUGCAUAGAAUGUGGUUUCUUUUACCUCAUAAACCAUGGGGUAGAGCAGGAGUUGCUUAAGCAAGUGUUUGAUGAGAGCAAAAGAUUCUUCUCACUCCCCCUUGAAGAGAAGAUGAAAUUGCUUCACAGAGAAAAUAGAGGUUAUACGCCACUGUAUGCCGAGAAUCUCAACCCUUCUUCAAGUUCUAAAGGUGAAUUGGGGCUUUCUGAUGAAGAAAUUUUUGGUGCUUCUGCUCAUUCAGACUAUGGAAUGAUAACCCUUCUAGCAACAGAUGGUGUUGGUGGACUUCAGGCAUGUUUGGUUUGCAGGGACAAAUCUAAGCAACCACUGGUUUGGGAAGAUGUGGAUCAUAUCAAUGGGGCCCUUAUUGUUAACAUCGGGGGCAUGACGGAGAGGUGGACUAAUUGUUUGUUUCGGUCCACGUUGCAUAGAGUGAUGUCAACAGGACGAGAACGCUAUUCGAUGGCUUUUUUCCUAAAUCCCAGCGCAGACUGUGUGGUGGAAUGCUUGGAGAGUUGCUGCAGUGAGUUGACUCCUCCUAGGUAUGGACAUCCCCUUGGCCUAACUUCUGUUAUUAUACGUCACUGCUCGCUAUGCUUGAAAUUAGAAGUUAGUGGUUUUGGUAUUGCCUUUUGCUAGCAUCCUGUAAUAGUGGAUCAAAUGAGAUUUCAUGCCUAUUUCUGUAAUGCUUGUGUCACAAAUGGAUUGUCAAUGGUAUCAAACACUUCAGUGUUUUUGGGAACAAUUUUGAGAAUGCUUAGACGGUCUGUCCAAAUGAUUUUGUGGCAUAUUGUAAAGUCCUAGUGCGAGAUAUGUGUUUGGGCAUUUGAAUCCCAUAGGCUAUAUUUGACUUG